AUGACCAAAAUCAAGCCAAAGAAGGAUCUAAGUCUCCUGAUGGACUUCCUCCUCUUCCUUCUGCUAUUCCUCUCAGUGGAUAGCACCCACACUCUGCCCUUUUAUCUCCUGAAAAAGAGGGAUGGCGAAAAGAAAGGACUAAAGCUGCCCUUGCAUCCAUCCCUCAGGCACCAUGUUUUAGAAAAAGAGAAGAAAUGGUCGGUGAAGGAUUUUACUUUCCAAAUCCUGCCUGGCCUGUACAUUGGCAACUUCAAAGAUGCAAGAGAUGCAGAACAAUUGAGCAGGAACAAAGUGACUCACAUCCUUUCUGUGCAUGACAGUGCCAGGCCCAUGAUGGAGGGAGUUAAAUACCUGUGUAUUCCAGCAGCGGACUCACCAUCUCAAAAUCUGACAAGACAUUUCAAAGAAAGUAUUAAAUUCAUUCAUGAGUGCCGACUCCAGGGUGAGGGCUGUCUUGUGCACUGCCUGGCUGGGGUCUCCAGGAGUGUGACACUGGUGAUUGCAUACAUCAUGACUGUCACCGACUUUGGUUGGGAAGAUGCCUUGCAUACUGUUCGAGCAGGGAGGUCUUGUGCCAACCCCAACCUGGGCUUCCAAAGACAGCUGCAGGAGUUUGAGAAAUAUGAAGUGCACCAGUAUCGACAGUGGCUGAAAGAAGAAUAUGGAGAGAACCCUUUGCGGGAUGCAGAAGAAGCCAAAAGUAUUCUGGCCGCCCCGGGAAUUCUGAAGUACUGGGCCUUUCUCAGAAGACUGUAA